UACAUCUAUUAUGAGCUUGGACCUUCGAUCCAACUGCUGUAUCAGUUGUUAUUGCAGAUGGCCAGUAUGUGAGAAUCAAUGGCAGACAAAGCGAUAAAUGUAGUUGAUUCGAUACACGACAUCGGAAGAUGCGUGUAUAAAUGCAUAAUGUAUGAUCUACAAAAUUCAAAUAACAUGAGAUGCAAACAGUGAUUAUCACGUUUGUCGUAUAAGAGAACUUUGUAAACUUUUGGAAUCCUGCAAUUGGACAUCAUGUGGGAAGAAAACUUGAAUACUAUUGUUCCAGCUAUGUUGUCUACUAUGGUUUUCUUUAUAUUUACAUUAAAUUUCUUACGAUAUCUCGUAGAUGAUCAGCAUAUUCCAAUUAGGGAUAUCACAAAAGAGCAUAAUUGGAAAACAGUCAGGGGAAUAACCAAGGCAUAUUACUGCAGUAUUUGCGAGAGUUUAUUAUUGAAUAUUGAUGGUCUUUACUGUGAUUCUUGUGGUGUCUGUGCAGACCGAAAUUGCAUAAAGCUUGCAGAUAAACAACUUAAAUGCAAAGUUAUCACACUCAGUAAUGAGCAACCAAUGAAACAUCAUUGGAUCAAAGGUAAUCUGCCACUUGUCGCCAUUUGCUAUGUCUGUAAAGAAGAAUGUGACAUAGAACCUGGUCUCACAGAUUGGUGGUGUUGUUGGUGUCAGAGAUGUGUUCAUGAAACGUGCAAAUCUGUCCUCUCUGAAAUAUGUGAUUUUGGAUCGUUCAAAUUAAUGAUUAUUCCACCAGGAAGCUUAGAAGUGAUAAAUCGACGUAGGACAAUGAGACGUAGGUUGCACCUUCGUUCUGUUAUAACACCAAACUGGCCUAAAUGGAAUCCAAUUAUUGUUGUAGGAAAUAGAAAAUCUGGAAACAAUGAUGGAGAUAAAAUUCUAUCUCUGUUCAGAAGACUGUUAAAUCCUGCACAAGUUGUGGAUUUAGCGGAACGUGACCCGGUCGCUGCUCUCGAAUGGUGCCGCUUAUUAGGGAAAACUCCAUGCACUGUUCUUGUAGCAGGUGGAGACGGAACGAUUUCUUGGUUGCUGAAUACUAUUGAUAAGCUCGGCUUGCAGCCUGUUCCGUCGGUGGCAAUAAUUCCUUUGGGGACGGGCAAUGAUUUAUCCAGAGUAUUAGGAUGGGGAAAGGAACAUGACAAGCAUAUGGAUCCAGUUGAGGUCCUGCAGAAGAUACGGGCAGCACAAGAAGUAAAACUUGACAGGUGGUCUGUAAAAAUAGAGCCAAACCGUGGAUUAGGAUUUAGAGGAACGCAUCGGACGCUGUUUAUGUACAACUACAUAAGCGUGGGCGUAGACGCACAAGUAACUUUGAAUUUUCAUCGUACAAGAGAGAGUCGGUUUUACCUGUUUAGUCAUAGAAUAUUUAACAAGUUAUUGUACUUAUGCUUCGGCACGCAACAAGUUGUAGAAAGGGAGUGCAAAGAUCUCGAUCAGAGUUUGGAGGUCUAUUUAGACGACCAGAAAGUGGAGUUGCCUUCCAUUGAAAGUGUAGUGGUACUUAACAUUCCAUCUUGGGCUGCAGGAGUCGAUUUGUGGAAAAUGGGAACGGAAGAUGAGGGACACGUGAAUGCACAAGAUAUUAGCGACGGUAAGUUGGAAGUAGUAGCCCUUUACUCUUCAUUCCACAUGGCGCAGUUGCAAAUAGGUCUCUCGAAGCCACACCGGAUUGGUCAAGCUAAAUCAGUAAAGAUCAAAUUGUUGCGAGCGUGCGCUAUGCAAGUGGACGGUGAGCCAUGGUACCAACAUCCUUGCGAAUUCAGCAUAACGCACUGUAAUCAGGCAUCUAUGUUGAAGAAUAAUACCGACAAUUAAGCAUUUUCGAGCAUGGUGCUGCUUGCAUCAUAUACGCAUUUAUACUAAUGCAUUUGUUCAUGGAUGUGUAACGAGCUGUUGAAGAAACGAUAUUCAAUACGUCUAAACUCGAUUAUAAAUCAGCUUUUCGAUGAUGUAUAGUGCAACAUAAGUAUUAGACAAUUUGUAUCAACAGUAUUAUGGAAGUAAUUAAACCUAGCCAAAGAGUUACUCCAAAGCUAUAUAAAUUGUAUG